AUGGAUGAUCUCACAUUCAGUGAUCCUAAGAGUACCAUCACACUCUUGAUAGGUAGCAGCGAUCCUCCUAUCGAGAUGGUUGUUCACCAGGAAGCGGCCUGUGCCGGUUCACCCGUCUUGCGCGCUGCAUUCUGCGGCAACUUUAUGGAAGGUCGAACCAAAACAUAUCGACUCGCACAUGUUGACGAAGCCACCGCAAGACUUCUAGUGCAGUGGUUAUAUGCUGGGAAGAUAGUGACGAUUCAAUUGAAGGAAGACUGGAAAUAUGACCCUAAAGACACAGAGAUUAUGAUUGCGGAGCACAACAGUCUCGUUGACCUUUGGGUUCUCGCCGACGAACUGCAGAUGCCGACUUUGCAGGAUUGCGCAGUGACUACCUUAUUUCAAAUACAACGAAAGACACGCAAUCGGUUGAAUUGGUCAUGGCAGAGAGUAUACAGAAAGACGUCAGAGAGCAGUAAACUGAGGCUGUAUAUCUGCCAUCUCUGCGCGUUACAAAUCCGGCCUACUAGCUACUCCUACUAUAAGGAUUUCAUACCAUAUGAGAUGUUAAUGGACAUUGCACAAACCCUAUCUGAUGGAUUGUUCCGGAACGGAAAGCUUGAUCUGAAGCUCUCGGACUAUCUAGUGGAGGAAGGCUAG